CUUCUCGCGGGAACCUUUCUCAUCGGUGACGCCCUGGAACCGCCCACCUUGCUCGCUGACCCGUCGCUGGGUACUGAUCCUGUGAUUGAUGCGCAUGAUGACCACCUAUGGGAAGGAGAGAGGACGGUGAAGAGCCUUUACAUAGUGGUGCGCAACUUCAAGAUCGAUACCACGGCGGUGGAAAAUGACACGGGCGCGAGAGCGAUGGAUUGGUCGGUAGACCAAGGAUGUAGCCUUGUGAACGUGCAGUUUGUGAUGCCCAAGGGGUCGAAACACACUGGGUUGACGAUGGAAAGGGGUGGUAGUGGGUUGGUUAUCGCUGAUUGUACCUUCACCGGCGGAGCAGUCGACAUGGAAGUGUUCAACGAGCAGUACAUGCUAAAAGGGCUGAAGUUUGACGGCUGCCACACGGGUAUCAAGUUCAAACGAUCCUUCGUCACCGUCAUCCAGGGUUGUACCUUCUCUGAGUGUGCGGUGGCCGUUGAUGCCAGUCUGCCUGAUAGCACGGGAACUUUGUCCGUUGUCGAUUCGUCCUUCUUCAAUUGCGAGUAUGGAGUUGACGUCUACACCAAUGGCACUAUCCCAUCCGGUGUUAGUCCGCUUGUACUUCACAACGUCGCCGUUGAGGGUGACAACGUGAAGGCUGCAGUCAUCGGGUCUGGUGGCUCUACCCUGCUGUCGGAUUUGAAAUCUCGAGAUGUAACAUGGAUACAAGGAAAGCGUUACGUUAGCCAUCCUAUUCACAGGCACGAAAAGCUGACGCCUGGCGGGAGGUACUUUACAACGCCCAUUCCACAAUAUGAAAACUAUAACGUCAGUCAGUUUGUGAACGUAAAAAACGAGCCCGAGUUCUUUGUUGUGUGGGGGGACAAUAUCCAUGAUGAUGGACCCGCAAUCAACAGCUUACUCCAGAAAUACGCUGGCUGCAAGAUAUUGUUUUUCCCUCAAGGGAUCUACAAGACCCAUCAGACAAUUCACGUACCGCCAGGCUCGCGACUCGUUGGGGAGGCGUUGAGCGUGAUCGCCGGCUGGGGCGAUCAUUUUUCAGAUCCCUCCGACCCAAAGCCCAUUCUAGAAGUAGGCAAGGAAGGCGAUAGGGGAGUUGCCCAGUUCACCGACAUGUUGUUUUCGGUCGGUGAUGUGUUCCCGGAGCGGUCAUUGUCAAAGUCAACACCGAGGCCAGAACUCCCGGUGAUGUCGGCUUUUGGAACUGCGUUAUACGUGUCGGCGGCUCGGACGCUCUGUGGUUCUUGA